AUGGAUUACACUAUGGAGGAAGUCCUUGAUGAGCAGAGAACACCUGAAAAGAUUGUCACCAUGUUGCGUGAUGCUAGAUGUUCUGAUUGGCCGAUCUCUAUUGCCAUGGAGUUUAUUGAGAUUGCAAUCAAAUGUACUAAACAUGCUCCUAAGCACAGGCCAGAAGUUAAACAGGUUCUUCAAGAACUUGAGAAAUUGGAACUUAAGGUGCAAAACAUAAGGCAGAACAAGGCAGUAGUUAAAUGUGCUGUUCAAAAUACAGAACCCUAUGAACUUGUUGAUGAAAGACUACAAGUUGUAUCAGUGGAACCAGAGAAGGAGGGCAAUGUACAAUUGAGCAAAGAACCAGAAGAAUUAGAUGAUGAUGAUGAGAAUAGAAAAGGUGAAGGAAAAGUUAAUAAAAAUAUGGAUAGUCAGAAUGAGAUAGAAUCCAAUGAAGAAAAUAUGCAACUUACUAGUGAUGAAAGAGCUUUAAAUAAACUCAGAGAGAUUGAGAAUUUUGACAAGUUGACGAUAAAAGAGAAAACGGAUGAAACAGAAGAUGAGUCACGAGAGUCACUGGAAGAAAUUAGUGCACGGAAGCACAGAGAGUUGGAGGAUGAAAUGGUUGCAUUUGAGAACAGAAAACAGCAGAAUGAUAAUGUUAUUUCCAAUGAAAUAGAACCACAGUACAUGUCUCUGGAUCAUGAUCAUCAUCAUCAGCAUCAACAAAAUCAGUUCCAAGACCAGCAAAUCAGCAGCUGUCAGACAGGAGAACCACAUGUGUGCCAGCCUCCAUAUCAACUUGACCAUGGUAAUCAACAUCAUUAUGUUGCUCCUCCACCUGUUGAAUCAAGUGCACAUUCUAUAGGUCCGAUAAUGGGUGAUUCAGUACAUACUCCAAAUAGAUUUCACCCAAUGUCAGGCAGUUAUGAGAGAAGAAACCCUCCUCCUGUAAGGUAUGACCAUCCCCAUGGAUACAACAAUGUCAACUAUACAGGGCAUCCUAUCUCUAUGCCAUACAGCUAUGCUGAUUAUCGACAUGCCCCACUCAAUACUACUAGACAAGAAAGUUAUCCAUUCAACUACCCUGAUUCAAUUCCAUACAGGCAAUAUCAAUAUGAUGGCCCAUACCUACGGCACCCACAAUCACACCCUUCUAUGUUCAUAAACAGUGUGCCUCCACCAAAUCCAAAUUUACAUUCUGCCUCAAACCAUUAUCCAGUUCGUGAUCCUGAUGACAUUGAACCACGGAGAGACUUUAUGUAUUAUCCCCAAAAGAAGCAGCAUCCUUCUCAGAAUGGUAGUCAACUUCAAUUUUAUAGCUUGGAGUCAUACCCCCCUGCCCAACCCAUGCAUCACAAUGUGUACCCUCCGCCUAUGAUGGAAGCUUGUGAAUUCCCACCUAAUAAUGGGAAUCCAUCACUCAGCCCCCCACCAGAUGGUAGUGACAGGUAUCAUGAUGAACGUAUUGCUUGGCAGCAGCAGCAAGCUUGGCACGCACAGCAUGGGAGGAGUCCCCAACAGCAAUAUAUGCAACAGGAUUUGUACAGGGACGACGGGCCAUCACAAUAUAGAGAAAUGUCAUUAAGAUGGGCAGCCGGUCCACCUCCUUCUCAACCGUAUGCUGCCCGUGAUUACCAAUCACAGAGAAGUACUGGGUCAUCAGGCGAAGAAUCAGAUGUAAGUCGAGCUGUUCAACACCAACAACAACAAAAGUGACUGAAUGUCCAAAUGUAAAUCUUGCCAAGCAUUAUGUUAAGCCCUCCACUGAACCUAAUGUCAUGUAAUUUAACAAAUCACUUCAGACGGAGG